CGGUCAUAUGACUUAAAAGCUAGAUGCUGAAAUUUAGAUCGCAAUGUGGACGGCCUGAAGAGAGUCUUCCGUCCUUUACUUGUUUCCCUUUUUUCUUUUUGUGUGGAUUUAUUUUGAAACUCGUCUCUACACUCGUCUGUCGGAAUGAAGAAGAAGGUUUCAGGAGGUGUAUCUAACAUGGACGUAGGAAACCGGCUCGCUGCGCUGUCGUUACUUCUCUCCGCUGUGUUGUCUCCCGGUCUUUGUAUCAUCAGCUCUGCAGAGAUUGACCCUCUGCUGUAUGAGGAGCAGCUGCUGUGGGUGAGUGGAGCCCAGGGGCAGGUGAACACCUACAGGAUCCCGCUGCUCACCUUCACCCCUGAGGGAAGUCUGCUGGCUUUUGCCGAGGGCAGGAAGUCGUCAGCCAGCGACGUGGGAGCUAAGUUCAUUGCAGUGCGGCGGUCCACAGACAAAGGAGCCACCUGGUCCCCGACCUCAUUUAUUAUUGAUGAUGGAAUCCAGCCGGACGGCCUGAACCUGGGCUCCGUCGUGGUGGACGAGGAGGUGGGCUCAGUGAUUCUGAUCUACAGCAUCUGCUUCCACCAAUACCUCUGCAGCCCAUCCAGCACCAUGAUGGUGGAGAGCACAGACGACGGCCUUAGCUGGAGCCCGCCCAGAAACCUCACUGAACAGCUCGGAGCCAAGACCUUUGUUGCUGGGCCAGGCUUCGGCAUCCAGAAGCGUUACAGUCCAGCAAAGGGGAGGUUGGUGGUUUGUGGUCAUGGAACAAUAGAGGGGGACGGAGUUUUCUGCAUCCUGAGUGACGACCAUGGACGUAACUGGUACAACGGUGCAGCGUUGAAAAGCAUCCCUUACAACCAGAAGAAGAAGCCGCAGGAUUUCAACCCUGAUGAGUGCCAGCCAGUGGAGAUGAAAGACGGCAGCAUUGUCAUCAAUGUGCGGAACCAGAACAACUACCACUGCAGAUGUCGUGUGGUGGUGCGCAGCUAUGACGGGGGAUUGUCCCUGCCCAUAGAUGAUCUGUUCUUCGACUACGCACUGGUGGAUCCUGUGGUAGCAGCUGGAGCUCUGCAGAAAGACGGCGUGCUGUACUUCACCAACCCCUCCAACGAUCAACACCGAAUUAACCUGACCUUACGUUGGUCACUGACUAAUGGCACUUCUUGGGAGAAUAAAGCUGUCCAGAUAUGGGCAGGGCCAAGCGGCUACUCCUGCAUCACAUCGCUGGACAGCGGUUCUCCAGAGGACCGGAAGUACAUCUUUGUCAUCUAUGAGAAGGGCCACAAGGACUAUGAUGAGACUGUCUCGUUUGCCAAGAUCCACCUGUAUGGUGGCCGGUAGAGCUUAUUCAAACACUGAAGGGAAAAGUAAUCUUGCUCAGGAAGAAAAUGAAAGACUGACUUUGUGAUAUUAAAUAUGAAGAAAUGAUUGGCUCUGCAUCAUGAAUGAUGGAUGAAUGAAUGAAAAUAUUUGUCUUUUUGUACUGCACAGCCACAGUAUUUUUUGAGUUCCUUCUUCCAAGACAAGAGAAAAUAUGAUAGCAAGGGGCAGCUUUUGGGAAAAAAAUGUUGAAGAUUAUUUUAUGGGACAAGUACACUAGUUUCCGAGCUGCUUAAACCAUACUGUCAUGUAAAUAUCGUGUGUUUUGAAGCUGACAACAACACUCCAUUUUCAAUAUGAUACCGCACCAAAGUAUCGCACCGGUUUUCCAUCCAGAGUUAGACCAAUGUCAAUACAAUAUAAAUUUUAAACACCCCUGGCAUAGAUUAUCUAUCACUAAUGAACUGAUUGAGUCACUGUAUACUUGGCAUCACUGUGAAAUCAUUCCUAGUUGCAACAGUUUGAUACUUAAAUAUCCGACUUAAAUUUUACGUGGAUCUGUGCUUGUAAUUAUUAUGAGGGAUUUUUGGCCUUUAUCAGAAUGUGAGUGUGUUGCGAAUUCAUGCUGACUGAAAUCAAUUCUGCCUUUCAAAAAAAACUGUAAAAUAAUGUUAAUAGCUUUUUGUGUGUGAGACUGCACUUGAAUACUGUUUCUGUUUGGGGCUUGAGUGGUUUUGGAAAAACAAUGAAUGCAAUUUUAAAAAAAAAA